CACAGCAGAGAAAAUAAGGCGUGUGUGUUUACACUGGGAAAGCGCGCGAACUGUAGUUUCCCGGGAAACCGUUUCACUUUUUACGCUGCGUUUAAAGCGCUUAAAAUAAAAAUGACUUCAACUUGCAAAAGCCAGCUGCAGUCGAGGAACCUUCCGUGGGUGGAAAAGUAUCGACCGCAGACGCUGCAGGACUUGAUUUCGCAUCAGGACAUUCUGGGAACAAUUCAGCGCUUUAUCAGUGAGGAGAGGCUCCCGCAUCUCCUGUUUUAUGGGCCUCCCGGGACUGGGAAGACCUCUACCAUCCUGGCUUGUGCCAAGCAGCUCUACAAGGAGAAAGAAUUCAACUCCAUGGUCCUGGAGCUCAAUGCAUCAGAUGACAGAGGUAUUGAUGUUGUUCGGGGUCCGAUCCUCAGCUUCUCCAGCACCAGGACCAUCUUUAAUAGAGGAUUUAAACUAGUUAUAUUGGAUGAAGCAGACGCCAUGACCCAGGAUGCUCAGAAUGCUUUGAGAAGAGUGAUUGAGAAGUUCACAGAGAACACCAGGUUUUGCUUGAUCUGUAACUACUUGUCAAAGAUCAUUCCCGCACUGCAGUCUCGAUGCACGAGGUUCCGGUUCGGCCCCCUGUCCCAGGAGCAGAUGGUGCCCAGGCUGGAAUAUGUUAUAGAGCAGGAAAGUGUUGAUGUAACCCCCGAUGGAAUGAAGGCCAUUGUGACCCUGUCUAAUGGUGACAUGCGUCGCUCUCUCAACAUUUUACAGAGUACCAACAUGGCUUAUGGAAAAGUGAGUGAGGAUACCGUGUACACGUGCACAGGUCACCCUCUGAAGUCGGACAUUGCUAACAUUCUGGACUGGAUGCUGAACAAGGAUUUCGCCGCGGCGUACAAUAACAUCAUGGAGCUUAAAACAUUGAAGGGUUUGGCGUUGCAUGACAUCCUGACAGAGAUCCACCUAUUGGUACACAGAGUUGAUUUUCCAGCUUCAGUUCGAAUCCAUUUACUCAUCAAGAUGGCAAACAUUGAGCACAGACUGGCUUCUGGGACGAGUGAGAAGAUCCAGCUGAGCUCCAUGAUCGCAGCGUUUCAGGUGGCCCGGGACAUGGUGGCAGCUGAAGCCUGAUUUUAAUGGAAAUGUUCCCUACAGCUCUUCAGCAGCGGGCAGGCUUGGGGACAUCUUUUAAUUCCUGUUUGCACAACAUUGCAAAACUAGUGUCAAACAUCUAAGAAACGUAAGCACUCUUAGUGUGAUUCUCUGUUUUGUUCAUUACUGUUGGAUUCUCAUCUUUAAAAAAAAAAAAAAAAGAAAAACAGGAGUUAACCAAAGACUGAAAACAACUCUUUGAAAAUAAGGCCCAUGGAAUUUAGAAACAGAGGGUGAUGUAGCAGGAGCCGUUUCCUGCUUUGUAUCUCGACAGUAUCUUCCCUUCAUUUUUUUUUUUUGGUUUUGCUGUAUAUAGCUUGCAGUAAGGGGGUUUUGCUGUUAGUCCUGCAGAAAUAAAUAAAGCAGAUUUUUCUUUUUUUGUGAUGCAUGGACUACACUAGUAUGUUGGAAUACCCUUGUUAAAUUAAAAAAUAAUCUUACCUGUAGGGUAGGUGCAGUAA